AAUGACACCAGUGAAAAAGUUCCAGAUUGUGCAGUUCAACAGCCACACUUUAAGAUUUGACGUUUCCCACUUCCACAUAGCACUGUGAAGGUUGUAUAACGCUCGGCGCGUGCGAUGGCGUCCGCUCCACCAGGACAACCUGCUCACUAAUUUUAAUAAGUUGAGAGCGGCGAGACCGGAGCUCACCAGAGCAGACAGAUCACCGAUGCCCUGGCAAUAGCAGAACAUGUGACCAGCACCUGGAUGGUAUUCCAGAGUUCACAUGGAGCAUAGUGACUCCCGGGGACCUGCAAGAGGGAAGAAACGAGAAAAGCGAAAAGAAGGCAAGAAGCCCCCAGGGAUGGGAGGAAGGCCAGUUCUUCUGGGUGAACAGCUCAGCCUUUGCCGGCCCCUGGGUGCUGAGUCCUUGGCUGUGGGGGGGCCAGGGUCCCUGCGGCCUGGACAUGGCUGUGUUCCUCCACCCGAAGCAAAGUGGGCAAUACACCAUGUCGCUCAUAGAGCGGGACAAACCGCCACUUGCCCUCAUCUCCACUGACACUCUGCCACACAUCACAGGCUGGGCAGUGGUCCACCUCACCCUGGGGACCCACGGAGGAUCCCCUUUCCGGGUCUCGGUCAGCUACGAUCAGCGGAUUCCACAGGAUGACACGGCCACCAUCGAGCCCCAUUUCACCACCAACUGCACCAUGGCGUCCUCUCCGGGGCCUAACGUCACACUGGAGGGCCAGUACCACUGUCACGAGGGACCUGGGAUCCCCCUGGACAAGCUCUGCGACUUCCACACAGACUGUCCUCUCGGAGAUGACGAAGGCGACCUAUGCCGGCACUUUCUCAAUGGCAGCUACUGCUCUUUUGAAGAGGGGGACUGCAGUUGGCAGUCAAUGACGGGCCGGGGUCUCUCCUGGAGAAGACUCCAGACACCAGCCAAGGCUACGAGACAGAGCUGCCCAUCAUCAGGAGCUACCUUCAGUGUGGAAGGAGGCCAGUCCAAAGGCCAGCGUAGCUCUGCGAUACUGAGGAGCCCUCUCUUCCCUCCUCCUCUAAGAAACUCCCCGUGCACGAUGCGAUUCUGGCUGUGUUCUGGAGGCUCGCAGAGGGGGUCGCUGUCUCUGUGGAUAGCUGAGAACAGUACAGGCCCCGAGGAGCAGCGCAGACUGUGGCAUUCAGCAAGUGAGCCCAAAUCCGAGAGGGGCUGGAAACUCGUCAUACUUCCCCUUUACGGACUGGCAGACUGGUUUUGGCUGCAGUUCAGCACAGAAGAUGGACCUGGACCCAGUUCAGCCGUCUCUAUUGACAACAUCACUUUCAGUAUGGAUUGCUUCCUGGCCUCCCACGGGGAGUUUCCACCAGUGGACACCAGCUCAACCAGGCUGCCGUUUAGACCAACCACCAAGACUACGCCCCCGUUCAUUGGAAGCCCUUUGGUGACCUUCCCCACCACAGAUUUCUCCAAAAAGUGGAUUUUCCAUACCUGUGGGGCUGUGGGCCCUGAAGGCCCAACUCCCACUCAGUGCCUCAACUCCUACAGGAACAGCAACGUGAACGUGACAGUUGGCACCCGAGGGCCCUUCAAAGGCAUUCAAAUGUGGCGGGUCACGGAAACUGGCACCUACAGGAUCACAGCCUACGGUGCAGCGGGUGGUCGAAGCGUGUUGACCAUGAGCAGAUCACAUGGUGUCUACAUCACAGGAGACUUCCUGCUGCGGAGGGGCGAGCUGCUUUACAUCCUGGUGGGACAGCAAGGAGAGGACGCUUGCCCCAAUUCCAACGGCAUGCUAAAUAGGAUCUGCCAGGAACAGAGCGGCCCGAUGGUGAAUAAAACCCAAGUGAAAGGGGGAGGAGGAGGAGGUGGUGGUGCGACAUAUGUGUUCAAGGUGGACAAAGAAGUGUAUGUCCCCCUCAUCAUCGCUGCUGGGGGGGGUGGCCGGGGCUACAGCAGCCUGGCAGAGACGCAGCUGGAGCAGAUGGACUAUGACCCCAGUCAACCGGGACGCAGCGGAAAGUCAAGCGCAGCAGGUGGAGGCGGAGGUUGGAAUGACAGUGCUCCUGUCAGUCAAGGUGGCAGACCUCUGGUGCUGGGAGGCCAGGGAGGGCAGGCCUGUCAUAAGUUCUGGCAGACCCGCGGUGGCUUCGGGGGAGGCGGCGGUGGCUGUAUGUCCGGAGGCGCCGCAGGAGGCUACAGAGGUGGUAACACCUCCGUAGAUAACAACCCCAAACACGACGGUGACGAUGGCACGUCCUUCCUCGGCCCGGAGGGAGAGCCCUUCCUCUACCCUCUGAAAGCUAUGGAGGGGGACGGUGAGGUGAUCAUCAGUCCGGUGCAGAACUGCAGCCACUGUGAGAGCGGCGAAUGCCAUGAGACCGAUGGUGAUAUCAUCUGCUACUGUGAUGACAACCUGAUCCUGGCACCAGACGGGGUGUCCUGCAUCAACGCUACAGAGGUGUCCCUGCUGCCUCCCCAGCCGUCUCUCUCCCACCUGGCGCUGGGUCUCUCUGUGGGCACCUCGGCCCUCAUCGCCGCCCUGCUGCUGGCUGUGUCCGGAGUCAUGAUAAUGUACAGACGUAAACACACAGAGCUGCAGUCUAUUCAGCUGGAGCUGCAGAGUCCAGACUGCAAGCUCAGUAAGCUGCGGGCGUCCACCAUCAUGACCGACUACAACCCCAACUACUGCUUCGCCGGCAAGACGGCAUCUGUCAACGACCUGAAGGAAGUACCGCGGCGUAAUAUCUCCCUCACCAGGGGUCUGGGUCACGGUGCUUUCGGUGAAGUGUAUGAAGGGCUGGCAGUGGGGAUACCAGGUGAACCCAGUCCACUGCAAGUGGCAGUCAAGACCCUUCCUGAGGUUUGCUCUGAGCAGGACGAACUGGACUUCCUCAUGGAGGCUCUAAUCAUCAGUAAGUUCAGCCACCAGAACAUUGUACGCUGUAUCGGAGUCAGUCUGCAGGCCAUGCCCAGGUUCAUCCUGCUGGAGCUGAUGACCGGAGGAGACCUCAAGUCUUUCCUGAGGGAGACCCGACCCCGGCUGGAGCACCCGUCCAGCCUGACCAUGGUGGACCUUCUCAAUGUGGCCAGAGACAUCGCUAAGGGCUGCCAGUAUCUGGAGGAGAAUCAAUUUAUACACAGAGACAUUGCCGCUCGGAAUUGCCUACUGACCUGCAAAGGACCGGGCCGCGUCGCCAAGAUUGGAGAUUUUGGGAUGGCUCGAGACAUUUACAGGGCCAGCUAUUACAGGAAGGGUGGGCGUGCCAUGCUGCCAGUCAAGUGGAUGCCGCCUGAAGCCUUCAUGGAGGGCAUCUUCACAUCUAAAACAGACACGUGGUCCUUUGGCGUUCUGCUGUGGGAGAUCUUCUCAUUGGGCUACAUGCCGUAUCCAAGUCGCAGUAACCAGGAAGUGUUGGAGUUUGUAACCAAUGGUGGAAGAAUGGACCCACCUAAAAACUGCCCUGGGCCAGUGUACCGCAUCAUGACUCAGAGUUGGCAGCAUCAGCCUGAAGACAGGCCUAACUUCUCAACUAUCCUGGAGAGAAUUGACUAUUGCUUACAGGACCCUGAUGUGGUGACCAUGCCGCUGCCUGUAGAGUAUGGACCCAUCCCCGAAGAGGAGGAGCGAGUACCCGUGCCCGACCCCUCAGCUCCGACCGUGCUGGUGAAUGCCCAGGUGCCUGCUGGGGAGGUUCCCCAGCCGCCCCCAUCCUACCCUACAGAGGACACCCGGAGAGGUGGGGAGCACACCCUCGAGACGAGCACGGCGGUGGAGGCCAAAGCACAGACGUCGGCCCAGCCCCAGCAGUACCUCCACCAGCACCAGCAGCCUCACACGCAGACCUCUAUCGCCAUGACAACCACUAACACUGUCACCUCCACGGCCACCUCUACACUCACUGCCAAGGGACCUCAGGUCACCACCCAGCCCGGCCCAGAGGGGGGCCACAUCAAUCUGGCCUUCACCCAGGGCCACCCGCCAGAGAAGGAGGGCCACAAUGGAAAGAACACCAGUCUGUGGAACCCGACGUACGGCUCAUGGUUCCUGCAGCAGAGGAAGCAGCAGCAGCAGCAGCAGCAGCAGCAGCAGCAGAGGCAGGGAGGGGUGGGGGGAGCAGGAGAGGGCAGCGGCAGGGUGCCCGGCGAGGGGCAGGAGCAUGUGGGCCGAACUGUGGCUGAGGUGGCGGGGGCGCUGGGUCUGCAGCACCAGCACAAGCAGUUCCAGCAUCAGCAGCAUCAGCUCCAGCAUCAGCAGCAUCAGCUCCAACAGCAGCAUCAGCAUCAUCAGCUCCAGCAGCAGCACCAACUGCAGCUGCUGCACCAUCAGCAGCAGCAGCAGCAGCAGGGUCUCUGCAGACCUCUGUUACCCCCACCACCACCUCCUGCUGCCCAGUCACCUCUGCUUUUAGAUUCAGCCGCCUUGCCCCCGGUGCCCCUCUACAGACUGAGACGAUUCCCCUGUGGGAACAUCGGCUACGGCUACCAGGAGCAGGGCCUGCCGCUGGAGGCCAUGCACGGCAAUCCCAACCCCCCUCCUCCAGCCCCUCCACCCCAGCAGGGCAUCUCCAUGCCCUCCUCGGCAGCCCACCAGAGGGGGGCCUCAGUCACCCUGGGUCGGUCGGGUAUGUCCGAGGACAGCCGUCCACUGCUAGUCACCAUGGGGACAGUACAGGACCCCAGGCUGCCCAGGAUGGAGGGCCACAACGCCACCGUGCUUUAGCCCAGAUGCCUGUACCGAUGGUCUUUUUUUCACACUGUGUCAGGACAGAGACCGUUUUACACCACCCCCUACUGUCCCACCAUUUUGGUUUCUUCCUCCAGUUCUGGAUGAGUCCAUCAGGCUUUUCCCAGGAGAACCCUGGAGGUGUGUUCAAAUCCCCAACGGAUGCUAAAGCACAUCAAAAAAACUUUGGCAGGCAAAAUGUAGAGUAAAGAAUAGUUUUAAGAGUUUAAAAAAAAGUAUUUUUUCAACACUGGAGGGAUCAUGACUGAGUGAGAAUCAAAAGGAGAGUUUAUGGGAAAGGAGGACACCUUCCCAUCUGGUGGGGACCAGGAGCGAGCACAUGUGCCUUGUGUUCAGCUGAGGAUGUCUCGUCUGUGAGGAUGGAUUAACAGAAGGAAUUAAAUCUCUAUAUUUUGCCAAACUUAAGACUUUGAGUCACAAACGUUGGUGACAGUUUGACUGUACUACCUGUGAAGGUGUCUGCAGCUGAAAGCCACACGUGUCAGUCGUACUGCAGAGCCCUCACACUGUUCCUUAUCCACAAUCCUUUUGGAAAACAGCAGCGUGGUAAAUAACUUGUAUCAGACUAUUUUUCAAGAAUAUGACAGAAUUGGACACUGGAUUACCAGAGACAUUUAUACAACAAAAAGAAACACUGGGAAGAAUGUGUUUGUUGGUGUUCGCUUGCCUGCUUGUUUAUUUAUUCAUUUGUUUAUUUAUUAUUUGGAAGUGGCUCUAUAAAUUAUUCAUGAACAUGCUUCUUCAAAUCCAAACAAAUACAUUUCACAUCGACUGGUUUUCACUUUAGGUUCUGUUUUUUUUAUGCAGGAAUUUAUUUUUGGUAAUAUGGAAAUAAGAAAAAAGGAGAGAUUGAAGAAUCACAAAAGAACUCUUGAAGCAUUAAUCCUCCUGAAUGGUUUGUCUUUACACUGAACUCAGUCUGGAGCAGCAACACUGACGCAGGUCGGGGAGAACAGAAGAAUAUAACAGAUUAAAGACGAGCCACCCUCAGCAACAUUUAAGAGUUCAACUUUUGCUCUUGCUGGAGAUUUGUAACAGGUCGUCGCCCCGGUACUAUAUCGCUGCUCUGCAGACUCUGCUUUUGUUCACAAGUCUCUUGUUGAAAGAGUACUUUGAGACAGUGAAGUUGAGGCUUUUCUUUUUCUUAUGGCUUCUUCACUAACCUUUUAUGAAUUAUGAGUUUUCCCCUUUUUCUGUCCGGAUUUAGAAACACAGUGGAUUUUGCUGAAUCAAUCUUAACCUUCAAAUUGCCAUCUCAAAGCACUCUACGUUCCUACAUUUACAUAUAUUAUCUUUUCUAUUAUAGGAUGACUGUUGUGGAAUACAAAUGAGUCCGAGUGAAAAGUUUGAAUACAAACUGCUUUUGCUCCACACGUGAAUGAAAGCUGAGACCCAUUUGAGUGUCACUCCGCUCAUGUUCACACACAUGGUGUCUGUGUUUAAUGUCUGCUUUUCUCAGUGCAAGGACACGUGCAUACAGUAUAUCUAUCAGCACUGUGUUGAUAUUUCGGUGGAUGAUGACAUGUCAGGUUUUUUUAUGCUUUUGCUUGACUGUAUUUGGCAAUCCUGUCAUGUGUGUGUCAUGACGCUCAGAUUAAGACAAAUGCAUUCCUGUAGGCCAAUGAAAAGUAUCUUUGCUUUGUCUCCUGUGUUAAAUGCAUUAAUUGUGUGUUCCCUUCACAGCUCCAUUGUUGGAUAUAAAAAGACAAACUGAACUGCACCUGUAAAUGUUGUAAUUAUAAAGUAUUGUACUAUGGCUCUGGUAAAAGCUGUAAAUUGCCCUUCAGAAGACAUUCGCUAAAAUUAAUAAAUUACUAUAU